GACGCACACGCAGCGCUCAGCUGUAGGUGGCGUUGCGGUCAUCGAGAUGUGUACGACACUCGACAACACCAAAACAUUACAUUUUCAUGACUUUUCCGGCUGGCUUUUCUAUGCAACGGGCGACUUAAACAUCCCGAUAACAUGGCUUAAGGAAGAAAUCAACCCUCCAUGCCAUUAUAAAGGUCAAGCAGUGUAGAUACUUAGGAGUUUACACAUUUCUUGAGCAAACUUUGAAAUAGUUUUACAUAUUUGCAUGCAGAAGAUAUAAGACUAUUAAGUUAUUUAAUAGUAGGAAAGGCUGUGAAGUCAGCCUUAGGACCAAUAACUGUUGUUUGGUCUGCUCUGAUCACCUGACAACAUCACCAGCAACCUGAUGUCCGGAAAACAGUACCAUCUCCCACCAAACAUUCCAUCAUGAAAACUAAACAGGCUAAAGAGGAGUCAGACAAGACUAUAGAUGAGGAAACUGUGGUAGAGCCCAAGACCAGAGCCCGGAAGAAGGCCUCAGACUUCAACGAGGAGGAAAAGAGCAAGCUGGUCCAAGAUGACCCCAAAACUUCCAAAGAUAGCAAGAAACCUGGACCCAAACCCAAAGCAGUGGUCAAGAAGAGACCUCUAGGCAUCAGAAAGACAAAAAACUUGAGGGGCAAGAAAGUUCCACCUGCAAAGAAAAAUGUUAUAAAGAAAACUGUCACUAGGACGAGGAAAGCUGCGAAGGAGGCUCGUACCACAAGUGACAAAGAGGUUAUCCCAUUGAUACCUGCUGCAGAAAUUAAGAAGGAGCCACUUGAUGAACCCACACCUAGUUCCAGGUCCUCCAGUCCCAAAACUGCUGGCAGGAGAGUGAGACUUAGCUCUGAUAUGGUCAUGAUGAAGUCUGUUCUCGGAGAUUCUCCUAGUAGCCUAGUCCUCGGACCACGGACCAGUCCAUACUCCAUGCGUUCCGAAAGAAGUAAUAGUCCCUCUCUUUUUGAAGGAAAGAACUUGAGGAGUGGGAAGCCUAGAAAAGUCAAGAGUAACCUGCUCAAUGAGGUUGUCAUGAAAGAGCAGAAGAAAAGACGGUUAAUCUCCGACUCUAAAAAUGCAGAUGCUCCGGAGAGUUCAGAGGACACAAAGAAGUUGAAAAGGGGACGUUCCUGCUCCAGAGAUGGCAGCGAAAUCUCUAAAUGCUCAGAUAUUACAGAGUCAGAUGUCAGCCUCAGCGAACCACUCAACGACAGUGAGAGCAAGGAGCUCAGCAAAAACUUAGAUAAAACUAAGACUGACCUAGAUUUAGAUAUUGAAACUAAUGUACAGAUCUCUCCUAUUGGAAAAGUGCCUUCUCUUAGUGUCGACUCAAAAUUAACUGAAACCAAACCUUAUACAGAGCCUAGUUCUAUGUUAAAAGAGAAAAUUAAGAAGAAAGUGAGCUUAAAAAGAAGUACUUCAUUAGACUCAGACAACAAUAACAGUAAUAGGAUUAAGUUAGAAAAUAUAAAUGUAUCAGACCUAGAAGACAAAUACUUGCUGAAGACUGAAAACGAUGCGCUUAUAGAAGAACGUAGUAGUAUAUUGACUAGUAUGUCCAAGACAUUUAACUCAAAGGAGGUAUCUAAGAAUAUUAGGAAGGCAAGGAGGGGUAAGAAGGCUGCUACCACAUCAAAGCCUAUCACCAACCAAGCGGCCAAGAAUGGUAUCACCAGUACAAUAACAAAUGACUUAGUAGAAGACAAACAUGAAACAGUUGACUCUUUAUCUAAAGAAAUCAGUGAUCUCAUAAAUGAUUUAGACCAAAAUAUAGACCAAGACCAAGAAAUGUCAAAUGAAGUAAGCAUUGAUCAAUUGCAAACAAAGUCAGCUAGGCAGUUCUAUGGAAUUUCCAAGCCUCUUGGUGAUAAUAACAGCAUCAUUGCACUUGAAACACCAGCAAAAGACAAAGAAGCGGUUUCAGCUAUCGUUAAUGAAUGUACGCCUACAAAAAAUGACGAUAGUGAAAAUAUCAGACUUCACUAUGACGACUCAGUUGAGAAGUGUCCUGAAAACCGUCAAGAACUAUACAAAUGUAACCCAUCUGUAGCGAGCAUAGACAAACUCAUGGAUAGACUGAAAGUGUUUGAAGAGUUUGAUAAGCGAAGACAGAGACAAGAAUCGGAAUGUAAAACUAAUGACAGUAAAUCUGUUAUGGUGAGUGAUGAUGUUGUUUUAAUACAAAAGUCAGGAGCAGAAUUCAAACCUUUAAAAGAUUUACAACCAGUAAGGUCUCCAGAAAAAGUAAUUGAGAAAGAAAAUGUCCUGAGCUGUUUUGAAAACAAUUCAGCCAUAUCAAUAGUUAAGAGGGAUCAAGUAAGACGUUCGAUAGAUGUAGAUCUUCCAAAUUCCGUCACACUAAUCAAACGAAACAGUGUCAGUGCAAGAAAGGAAUCAACAAGCUCAAACCAUUCUAAAGAGUCUGAUGCUAUCAGUAUAUUUGAGAAGUCGUUGGGCAAGGAUGUAACGUUGACUGAAAUAAGGAAGUCAGUAGAAAAGGCUGCGCCCGCGCAACAAAUCGAUUUGCAUCAAUACGCGACUUUACAUCCGAAUAACGCGAGUCAGGCUUUCAGCGUUUUAGAUACGAGUCAAAUAUCGAUUACUCCACGAAACAUUGAAUCUAAAAUAAACAGUAAUGAAGUUCAAAUAACUAAAAGAAAAUCAAGUGGGUCUCUCUCUCGAAAAUCUUCCGAAUCGGGAGUAGAUGUCGAGGAUAAGACUGUUUUAGUUGAAAAAAAGAUGUCACCACCACAUCAAAUGAAAUCACCGUCACAUCAAAUAAUAUCACCACCACAUCAACUUAAAUCACCACCACAUCCAGGAAAAUCACCACCACUCCAAGUGAAAUCACCACCACAUCAAAUGAAAUCUCCGCCUCACCAAGUAAAAUCGCAAGCAGUUCCUAUAAUGUCUACACCUGUAGCUGUCAAAUCGUUGGAAUCUACGCAACAAAUAGAAGUAGAUCCAGUCGCGCCGUAUUUAGAGGAAGCAAAAACUAUUCCUGACAAUAUACACCGGACCUUUGAGAUCCCAAAACUGGAUAACAUAACAGGUUCUACGAAAAUUAUGGAACCUACGAAGAUAGAUAUAAAAAAUGUUGAGCCUACCAAGAUUGAGACGAAAAUAGUUGAAUCUGCAAAGAUUGAGACAAAAAUAGUUGAGCCUGCAAAGGUAGAGGCGAAAAUAGUUGAACCCGUCAAGAUUGAGACGAAAACAGUUGAACCCGUCAAGAUUGAGACGAAAAUAGUUGAACCCAUCAAGAUUGAGUCGAAAAUAGUUGAACCCAUUAAAAUUCAGACGAAAACUGUUGAACCAGUCGCGAUUGAAAUCAAAACAGUUGAACCUACGAAGACUGCCACAAAAAUAAUUGAACCUAAGAAAAUAAGAUCAGCAAAUAUUGAAACUGUAACUAAACCAACAAUUCCAAGUGAUGAAAAAAUAAUUGAAGAAGUAAAAACUGUGGAAAAAGUUUUAGAUGAAGUAAUUUCUGAUCCCAAAAUAGAGCCAGAUAUUAAACAAGGUGAAAUAGAACAGCCAAAAGAAAUGUUUACUGAAGUUAUUGAUGAAAAACCAGAUUUGGUUUCUGAAGUUGAACAAAUAAAAGAUAUCAAGGAUGCAAAAGAAAUUAAAGAGAUUGAAGAUAAAAGAGAAAAUGUUAAAGAGGAAAUAAAAUCAAAGGUUUCCAAAGUUAAAUCGGCGCGGAACUCCACCGAAAAUCUACCCGGGCCUAGCAACGUUGUACUAGAAACUCCAGAUAGUCAAAAAAGGAAAGAAAACGUGUUACGAAUGUUAGGUUUACUGACUCAUAAGGCAGCAAAUGAGGCUAAAAUAGAGAAGAUGAAGGAGAAAGAACGCAUUUACGGCUCAAACUACAGUGGGGUUAUGGGCAAACCCAAAGCCGGAAAAUCCGACUACACCGGGACUUUGAAAACUGUUAUAAAGCUCAGUCGCGGUGUGGGGGAGCGAGACAAGAAGAAGUUUAGGAGUUCCUUGAAGAUGACCUUCCAAAAGAAAGGCAGAUCGGGCAAGCCGCCGCAGGAGCUGGGCGAGGCGGGCAGUGAAGACGACGCUUUCUAUACCAUCGAACGGCGAGAGGGCAUCGCACUGGCAGCAGCCGAGGGUGGGCACAGAAAGACUCAUUACAGUAACCGCCUUAACAACCAUGCAGAAGCAGAAGCGGUUCCUGAACCUGAGCCGAAGGAGACCUUGAACCUGGUGAUCCCGGAGAAGGCGUCGUCGUUCAGCAUCCACCCGGGGCGGCUGUGCAUGGACCAGUGCUUCUACUGCGGCGGCAAGUUCGGCCUCUUCGACACGCCGUGCCACAUCGCGCAGAUGAAGAGCAGCGAGCGACAGAGGAAGGUGCUAGACAAUGAAGAGAAGCUGACCAUAGACAGUUGUCUAUGUGACGCAUGCUACCGCCACGUGGACCGGCGCGCCAACUGCCCCUCGUAUCGCAAGCGGCCCGUCGCCAAGCCGCCCGAUGUGCCGCUCACGCAGCCCCGAGAUUCCUGUCCGCCGACUGUGCCCGAUCCAGAGAAAGUCAUCAGUCCACCGCUGGAAGAGGAGAGCGAGGAAGAGGCGCCGGCGGCCACGCCCGGCAGGCUGGCCACCUGCCACACCAGCGGCUGUGUGGCGCCCGCCGACCACUCCAUCCGAAGGAAGUGGCUCAUCAAGAUGCGCUCCAGUGUCAAUAAGAUUCUGAAGCUAGAAUGCGACUACCCAGGUCUACACACCAUCCCCUUAUGUGCGGAACACUAUCGCACCCUGACUCCGCUUAUGGCGUGCGUGCUGUGCCGGUGUCGACUCACGAAACACCAUAAUCUCCAUUUCAUCCAUCAUGGUUAUACAGAUCUCAAUCCAUUGCUGAAAGUUGCUGGUAUCCCGGUAGAGUUCCACGAGCGGCCGGUGCUGUGUAAAGUGUGCCGCUACUUCUGCACGCUGCUCACGCGCCCCGGCCACAACGACAAGCACGCCCGCGCCUACACUCGCAAACUUCUCCAAAUCUACAACAUUGAAAUCCCGCCUGAACUCAGCCAAGACGCUGACGAUAGCAAAGACCUAGAAGACUGCAAUACUAGCGCCAACAAACAAAAGAAAAAAGCACGGACGAAAUCGAAGCAGAGGAAAUCCACAGAACCAGAGAAACAGGAGUCAACUAGUGAAUCCUCGGAGAGAACCACAGAAAGCUCCCCAGAAAAGGAGAAACCAAAGGAAGAAGUGGUCGAGGAACCUAAACCACAACCGUUGGAAGAAGAUAUCGAAAGUCUUAUAUCAUCCAACAAAAUUCCAGUCCCAGGAGCGAAACCCGCGGAAAGCAAUCCGCCGAGCGAUGCCUCCGAAACAGACAUGAUGACAGACCUAGAGAACCCGCUAGUUCUCGACAAACAGACAGAACUCAGAUAUCUACUGCAAAAACAAAACAACCCAGCACAGUUCCAACAUAACCCUAAUUUAACACAAAAACAGAAAAACAUCCUCAAAGUCCACAAUCUUGGCAUCCAAAAGCCUGGCCUCCAACAGAGGAUAAGCGAUAAAAACGCAAAGCGAGUCCAAAAACUCGGACAAUUCCUCCUACCUAAAGACAAACCGUCUAAAAAAGAUCUCCAGGACAUCGAAAUGUUCGAUACUGAAAAAGCAAAGGAGAUGAGCGUUUUCAAAAACAUAACCUUAAAUGACGAAUGUACGAUAGAAACUAUACCAAAUAAACGGCCGGCUGAUAUAAAUUUACUGAAAAACAAAUGGCAGAUGUCCGAAAGUUUUACCCAAGUCAAGAAAAAUCUAAGCGAACUCUCAAAGAAGACGCCAGUCGAAAAAGAGCCAAAGAAACUUUCUGAUACGAAAUACUCGAAUCCAGUGAAGAGAUUAGAAACAAACCCCUCGAUAUCAGUCAGAGAACUUUUCCCUGGCGAGGAAGAAAUGAAUUUACAGUGCAAUAUAGAGUUUAAUAAUAUCAAAGGCGUUACUCCUGAGGGUUGGGAGAAAUGUAACACGAUGAUCCAAUACGACGUGGAAACUAAGAAAUUGUGGAACGAAUUGCAAAGGCCUUACGGAAACCAGUCCAGCUUCCUGAGACACCUGAUUUUACUAGAGAAAUACUUCAGAAAUGGUGACUUAGUACUGUCCCAUAAUGCGUCACCGCACGCGGCGAAUUACAGCACUUCAGUACAAAGCAGAUUGCGAGCUUACGAUAAUAUCCCACCGCCAGAACCUAGAAGGGAAUCGGUCAGUUUGAUCGAAUUCCGUAAAAAACCGUCGUUAAACGGCAAAAGUUUGCUCAAAUCCAACCAAAGUUCUGAAGACCCUAAGAAAUUCAUGCCUCCUCCUUUGCCCAAACCUAAAGCUAAAAGCGAUAAGAAAAACAAGCCUUUACCGCCUGAACUAAUAGCUAUUAAUACACCAAACGCACAAGGGAGGAAAGCAAUACAAAAUGUCUUACACAAUAUCCAACAGUUGGUAAAAGGAGUUUCCGCGUCCGACCCGACUGAAGUCGCCGCAGCGCCGCUACCUCCACCAAAGUUUGAGCCUCCGAAAGAAAAGAAAGAAAUGCCUGGCUUAAUAAAAGAGAAGAAAGACAAACCAGAGACGACAAAAGAUAAGAAAGAACCCAAAGCUGACACGCCGAAAAAGCAGAAGCCAAAUAAUAAGGGGUGGAGACCUACGCUCAUGCCUAUUACACCAGAAAACUUGGCAAAAGUCGCUCGGGAAACGCCCAAAGUCGCUGUGGACGGGCACAGUCUACCCAGCCUAGUACAAGUCCUCUCUGCCGGCACUCGAUAUCACAUUACCUUUGAGGACUACAAUAGAAUGUGUCUCAUACGCCGAGAGAGACAGAAGAGGCUACAGGAACGAGAGGCAAAGACAAAAACACCCGCUAGCGAAGAAACUAUAGUCACUGAAUUACAACCAUCAACGUUACUCGGCAAUGGAGGGACCGUCUUACAAAACAUACCCUCCGACAAAGAAACAGACAAGCAAAAAGAAAAAGACAUGCCCGAACUGCAGAUUGGGGCAAAUGCUGCGACAAUACUCAAAAAUGUGGGCUUGAAAAACAUUACAAUAGCCCCCAUACCGGCUAAAACUGCAACGGUUACAUCCCAAACAUACACACCCGCUGUGUCUUCACCGUUACUUGUGACUACACCAAUGAAAAUACCUCAGUUAGGACCCUCAGUUUCUAUCACGAGUGAAACAAUUUUAACUCCUAGUAUACCAGUAAUGGUGCAGAGUCAAAUGAUACUACCAAAAAUACCCAAAUCGUUGACAGUUAUACCACAGACAGUGUCCAAUCAGAUGGUUAUACCCUUUUCAACGACUCCGAGUCAAUUUGUUGCAAGUCCAAGCCAAGUUGUCGCAGCGAGUCCAGUUGUAACGACCGCAGGUUACGUCCCAGAUCAGAGACCAUAACGAAACCUGAUAUUCGUGGUUGUAUAGCGAUCACAACUCGCGACUCAGCCGUAGACUGAUGUAGACAGUAGAAUAAUCCCUGUAGAUAACCCAAAAAAAAUUUACUAACCAAGUGAAGAAAAUGCAAAGAUUAAAGGAAAAAGAUAGAUGGAGCUCGAAAUAAAGUGAAGCCACCACACUUGUUAUUAAUAUUAACAUCGUUGUUGUUGGCCGAAUUCAUGGUACUAUUAUUAAAACAGUGUAUUUUAGCUAAUAAUGAAAUCAUGUCUACCAAUCAGAAUGAUUGUGAUUAUGGCCUUUGACUAUGGGCUACAGAUUAUAUUGAAAUGUUUUUUUGUAAAGUCAAUCUUAAUGUUAAGAUAGACACUAAAUGUUAAUUUUAAUAACACAAAUUGUAGUAAUCAAAUUAUAUUAUACUAAUUUAAAUUGUCCAUGGGAUUGACUUAUUUUAAUCAACUUCAAAAACUGAUUUUUAAUUUGAAGUGUAUAACAGGAUUUACUUAAAUAAGGUUUUUCUUAAAUCGACUUUAUCUGGUGCCCUAUUAAUAUACACAAAUAUUCAUGCGAUUAGCUUUUGUUGAAAUCGGCUUCUCCAGGUCGGUUUCACAAUUAACUGUCUAUCUUUUUCACUUAGUCUGAGCCAGGGUGUGGAGAAAUGGGAGAAAAGUGUGUUUUGUUGUAAAAAUGGUUGUACUGAGUGUUGGAACUAAUACAGUGGCAUGAAUCGUCGCGAGUGACUCCUAAAUUAUUAAAAAAAAUAUCCUAUUUUCGUACGUAGUGUGUAAAUGCCUCAAAAGUGUUUUUUUUUGGUGUGGGAGGCAAAGCAAUAUGUAAGUGAGACACCAGAAGCCUUAAAAUUGUAAAUAUAGUGUAAAGACGUUGUGCUGUGAAUAUUUGGUGACGAUGAAUUAUGUUAAAUAUUAUUAUAAUCAUUAACUAUUCUGCCGGUUUUUUAGCUAAAAAGUGGCUAACCUCAAAAAGUAUUAUUUAGUUAUCGCCAAAAAACGUGGGGUUAAAAAAACUGAUGUUUCUUAAAAAGUAUGCUAUUAUAGGAUGAAGAAUUUUAAUUUAAUCCUACAUUUUUUUUUUGAUUUUUUUUUAUUCGAAUACAAGUUAGUCCUUGAUCUCACCUGAUGGUAAGUGAUG